AUGGAGCGAAAUAUAUUUAAAAGCGACAGCGACAGCGACAACAACAGCAGCAGCGGCGCCGAGACGCUAGCCCACGUCGCGAGGCUCAAUGAGGCCAACCGCACCGGGACCUCCUUCCUCACAGUGCACCGAGCCAAGCGCGACGUCUUUCCCUUCCCAGAACCCUACGAACCCGCGCAAGAGAUCGUGCCCAUCAUAGAGGACCAGCCUUUCGCGCCCGCCGUCGCGGCACCAGCAGAUGAAGCCGCAGAGACACCAACAGAGGAGCCCAAGAAUAUAUCCAUCCUCGAUACGCCGACGCGAUUCCCGGCCAACUUCCACCCGCACCCGAUGUUCCAGCGAUUCAUCAUGGCCUGGCCGAGCGAGAAGGCCCCGUGGCAGGAGAUGGCGCACUGGUAUGGCAUGUGGUUCGAGGCGACGGGCCUCUUCGACAGUGAUGUCGGCCUGAUUGAUUUCUUGGGAACCCUCGUCAUGGGCGGCUGGCUCACGCGCCGGAUCAGCAACUACAAUCUCCUGCUUGCGUGGUUUGAGGCUCGCAACGAGUUUAGGGGAAAGGAUAAGAAGUGGUAUUCGAACGAGAUCAUCGAGGCCCUGGCCCAGUACGCUUGGUACGCCCGGGUGGAAGGCAUGAAGCGCGACCUUGAGGAUGCGAAGAUCAAGAGCCCUGAGCAGGCCAGGAAGCCGAAGAAGGUUGCGUCGCAGGAGAAGCCGCAGAACACACCUGGUCCGGUCCGAGGCGAUCUGAAAGAUAUCCACAACCGCACCGCGCUGGGAGUGAGCAAUACCAAUAGCGAUAUUGCCAAGAUGUUGCAGGAAGAUAUUGCAGACAGAAUGGCCGGUCGCGGACGCUACGGUCCGGGCGGUGACUUGACCUUCUUGGCUGGCACUCCUGCUCAUAACAUUGCCUACCAGUUCGCAGGAUACUCUCUUAAUCCGGGUGGGCUUGAUCCAGGAGGGCAUAAUCCAGGAAGACCUAUUCCAGAAAGACGUGGUCCAGGAUGGGGCAGCCAUAGUUACACAACACUCAAGCAGCUUUAUAAAGGCUAUAAUUCUUCUGCAGACGAGGAUGAGGAGACUGACGAAGCAGAAGAUGAAGAUGAGAGCCCAGUACAGCGAUUUCCUCGCCUCCCUCAACCAGAAAAUCCCUACUACACCGGCCCAUACUACGUUCCCACCCCCGCCGCUCGCAAGAACAGCCGCAACGUCGGGCGAUCGAAGAUGCCGGGAUCUGGCGCAACUAGUUACGACGUCAAGAAACGCACCCUGAAGCUGAUCCAUGGGAGGUUGAUGGAGCGGGGGAUCUAUGUUGACAAGUCAUAUGUCCUCGCCAUGUACGAGAGUUGUGGGGGCAAGCCUGCGGAUACCAUAAUGGCCAUCAAGGAAGAUGCCUUCAACCACCGUGCUCCUGCUGCAGAUGUCGUUAUUGACGCUGAGUUCAUGGCUGAGAGUACAUGGGAAAGCGUGAAUACAGCGGACGAGGGUAGAGACAUGGACAGAGGCGUCGAUCACGGCAUGGUUGAGGAUCUGGAUCAGUUUUGGCAUCCCUGGCAAGGACGUUAG